AUGCUUCUGAACGGAAACCAUCGUGCCCAGGCACAGUUCGACCGAUCAAAAUGGCGUGCAAUGGUCCUCUUCCCCACCUGGGCCCUUCAACUAUGUCUGUCCAUGGCCAUGAUGGGUCUCUUCGCCUUUAGACUGGGCGACAGCAUGAAGGCCAACAAAGAUGACGACAAAAAGAACGACGAUCCCACAAUUGAGAUUGUAUGGGAGGCUACUAAUGUGGCCCUGUGGUUCGUCGCAUCUCUGUGCAGUUUCGUUGAAAUCGCCAAAUACUUCGCAGAGGCCCUGACGCCGUGGACCAUGCUAUUCACGCACGUCAUCAAGUUGACUUGCGCUAUUGCCACUCUCGCCCUUGACAUUGUUGUUUACACUGAGAAGCACGAUAAGCACUACUCACUCGUAGCUCUGGCGCUGGACUGUGCCUUCAUCAUCACCUCCCUCGUCUUGGUCUUCUACUCGGUGCGGAGAUACCGUCGCCUCUCCGCUUACGACGAAUAUAACCAUCCUGUCAACGUCAAGCCGUAUGGUUUCAACGACGAUAUCGAGCGCGAUACUUCAUAUGCUCGGCAGUCAACCGACAAGCGCUACUCCUCAGCAUCUUCCCGAGCGAGCAUCAUCUCCAAGCGUGAAUCCGUCGAAAUGAACACUGUCCAGCGAACACCCAGCGUGUACUCGCACAAGCGUGAUACGCAGUUCGACGACUACGUAGCACGCCGCGGCUCCGUGACGAAAGAACGUAUUGGAAGCGGAGAUUUCAGCUACGCCGGGGCCCAGGGGGAAGUUCAAGAGCCUGGAACACUUACACCUACUGGAGCCACGCUUUCCCCCACUCGGCCAAGAGGAUACAGCAGCGGUCGAGCAGUUAGCUGGACCAGUGACAGAGGCCUAGUGGCUGUCCCAGAAGAGGAGGAUGAUUCAGCGGUUGGAAAGGAAUCCAAGUCGGAGAAGGAGAAGAAGGACCGGGAAGCUCUCUUGGGCAACACCCCUCGCGAGAGUGUUGAUGACCAAAUCGUUCCCCAGGAAGUCGACUUGUCAGAGCCAAGAUGGCAGCGUGAAUAA